AUGGCGCCAUUAACCCGCAAGAGAAAGCUGCUGAAGCAUGAUGAUAUUGAAGAAGUUGUUUUAGCAGACGACGAUUGCGAACACGAAGCCGCCACCCCGCUGCUACAGCGUUCAACGAGCGCGCAUUCACGGUCCAAGCAAGCACAGGACGAUGAUACAUCAAUUUCUCUUAUGUCGAGCUCGAUCAAAGUAGCUAAAAAGGGAGGGCAAAAUGCACAAGAUGUAAGACGCGAUGUGGAAGCACUGGCGGAAAAUGUGAAGGCAUUCAUCAAACAUGAGCUUUGCCAUGGAAUGUCUUCUAACCAGAUGCCAAACAUCAGAGAUUUGGUGGCCAAAAGCUUAGGAGACAAUGAAGCAUUUGUUUUGCCUGCCGCUGGCAACCCCCGCUUGGGACAGACGCCUGCAAUGACGAAUGCCUGUUAUGACAAAGCAAGAGCCCUCUUGGAUGAGCUUCGUAUGCUAACAAGCGACUAUGAAAGACUGAGCCAGCACGGGAGUGACAUCGAGACACCUACUUGGUCUCGAUGGGAGCAAGAUGGCGCAGAUUUGCAUUCGCUAAAUGCAAGUCUCAUGCGGCAUUCAAUCAAACUCGUUGAGAAAAACCUCAUACCGAACGGUGCCAGAGAUGGAGCAAAUGCAGUUAUGGAUGAUGUUGACCAGAUUGCAUUAGAACUGCUGGAGGAUUCGGGGCCUGCCAAGGGAGAAGAAACAUGGGGGGAUGUUGCCAAUAGCAUUUUACAAACCAUGUCUGAUGCUGCCGAAUUGCUUCCAUGA